CCCCGCGCCCCGCCGGCAUGGACGUCCACACCCGCUGGAAAGCGCGCAGCGCGCUCCGCCCGGGCGCCCCGCUGCUGUCCCCGCCGGUGCUGCUGCUGCUGCUGCUGCUGCUGUUGUGGGCGCCGCCUCCGAGCCGCGCAGCUCAGCCAGCAGAUCUCCUGAAGGUUCUAGACUUUCACAACCUGCCUGACGGCAUAACCAAGACCACAGGCUUUUGUGCAACGCGGCGAUCUUCCAAAGGCCCGGACGUGGCUUACAGAGUCACGAAGGACGCCCAGCUCAGCGCACCCACCAAGCAGCUGUACCCUGCAUCUGCAUUUCCUGAAGAUUUCUCCAUUCUAACCACUGUGAAAGCCAAGAAAGGCAGCCAGGCCUUCCUGGUCUCCAUCUACAACGAGCAAGGCAUCCAGCAGAUCGGCCUGGAGCUGGGCCGCUCUCCGGUCUUCCUCUACGAGGACCACACAGGGAAGCCGGGGCCAGAGGACUACCCCCUCUUCAGAGGCAUCAAUCUGUCAGAUGGCAAGUGGCACAGAAUCGCUCUCAGCAUCCACAAGAAGAAUGUCACGUUGAUCCUGGACUGUAAAAAGAAGACCACCAAAUUCCUAGACCGUAGCGACCACCCCAUGAUUGACGUCAACGGCAUCAUCGUGUUCGGCACGCGGAUUCUGGACGAGGAAGUGUUUGAGGGAGAUAUCCAGCAGCUGCUCUUUGUCUCGGACCACCGGGCGGCUUACGAUCACUGCACGCACUACAGCCCUGACUGUGACACCGCGGUCCCCGACAAGCCCCAGUCCCAGGACCCCAACCCGGAUGAAUACUACCCAGAUGGAGAGGGGGAAGGAGACACCUACUACUAUGAGUACCCCUACUACGAGGACACGGACGACGUGGGCAAGGAGCCCACCCCCACCGAGGUGCCAGUCGGAGCUACUCGCGAGACCACGGAGGUGGCCGAGGAGCUGACCCAGCCCCCCACGGAAGCCGCUCCAGUGCCCGACACCAGCGAGGGGCCCGGGAGGGAGGAGGACCCUGGCAUCGGGGACUAUGACUACGUGCCCAGCGAGGACUACUACACGCCCCCCCCUUACGAGGACCUCAACUACGGAGAAGGCAUGGAGACCCCGGAUGAGAACCCUGACCAGCUCCCCGACCUGGGCGCCCGGGCCGAAGUUCCCACCAGCACGGUCCUCACCUCCAACGCCUCCAACCCGGACCCGCCUCCGGAGGAUGGGGGCGACGACCUGGAGGGGGAGUUCACGGAGGAGACCAUCAGGAACCUGGAUGAGAACUACUACGACCCCUACUACGACCCCACCAUCUCCCCGUCGGAGAUCGGGCCCGGCAUGCCCGCGAACCAGGACACCAUCUACGAGGGCAUCGGAGGGCCACGCGGCGAGAAAGGUCAAAAGGGAGAACCCGCCAUCAUCGAACCAGGCAUGCUCCUGGAGGGGCCGCCCGGCCCGGAAGGCCCCGCCGGUCUCCCAGGACCUCCAGGAACGAUGGGGCCCACUGGCCAAGUGGGGGACCCGGGAGAACGGGGUCCCCCUGGACGCCCAGGCCUUCCUGGGGCUGAUGGGCUGCCCGGCCCUCCUGGAACCAUGCUCAUGCUGCCUUUCCGGUUCUCAGGGGGCGGCGAUGCCGGUUCCAAAGGACCCAUGGUCUCAGCCCAGGAAUCCCAAGCUCAAGCCAUCCUCCAGCAGGCCCGGCUGGCGUUGAGGGGACCAGCUGGCCCGAUGGGUCUCACCGGGAGACCUGGCCCCAUGGGCCCUCCCGGGAGCGGAGGUCUGAAGGGCGAGCCGGGAGACAUGGGGCCUCAGGGUCCCCGAGGUGUGCAGGGUCCGCCCGGCCCGGCAGGAAAGCCUGGAAGAAGGGGCCGAGCCGGCAGCGACGGAGCAAGAGGGAUGCCCGGGCAGACUGGCCCCAAGGGUGACCGUGGCUUCGACGGCCUGGCUGGACUGCCCGGGGAGAAGGGCCACCGGGGUGACCCUGGUCCUUCUGGCCCGCCGGGACUUCCAGGAGACGACGGAGAAAGGGGUGACGACGGCGAAGCCGGGCCCCGAGGGCUGCCUGGGGAGCCCGGGCCGCGUGGUUUGCUGGGGCCGAAGGGGCCCCCCGGCCCUCCUGGACCUCCUGGUGUGACAGGAAUGGACGGCCAGCCAGGCCCGAAAGGCAACGUGGGUCCCCAGGGGGAGCCCGGGCCCCCAGGACAGCAGGGUAAUCCGGGUGCCCAGGGUCUUCCAGGCCCCCAGGGUGCAAUCGGUCCUCCCGGAGAAAAGGGUCCCCUGGGUAAGCCAGGUCUCCCAGGAAUGCCCGGUGCUGACGGACCCCCGGGGCACCCCGGCAAAGAAGGCCCUCCAGGAGAGAAGGGAAGCCAGGGUCCUCCCGGCCCCCAAGGCCCGAUCGGCUACCCUGGUCCCCGCGGAGUCAAGGGGGCAGAUGGCAUCCGAGGUCUGAAGGGCACCAAGGGUGAGAAGGGUGAAGACGGCUUUCCUGGCUUCAAAGGAGACAUGGGCAUCAAGGGUGACCGGGGGGAGAUUGGCCCACCUGGUCCCAGAGGGGAAGACGGCCCCGAAGGCCCCAAGGGCCGUGGAGGUCCGAACGGUGACCCGGGCCCUCUGGGGCCCCCCGGGGAGAAGGGAAAACUCGGCGUCCCAGGGUUACCGGGUUACCCAGGAAGACAAGGGCCGAAGGGUUCCAUCGGCUUUCCUGGAUUUCCUGGCGCUAACGGAGAGAAGGGCGGCAGGGGCACACCUGGGAAGCCGGGACCACGGGGACAGCGAGGCCCAACGGGCCCACGAGGGGAAAGAGGCCCCCGCGGCAUCACCGGGAAGCCUGGCCCCAAGGGCAACUCUGGAGGUGACGGCCCGGCCGGCCCUCCGGGCGAACGGGGACCCAACGGACCCCAAGGACCCACAGGGUUCCCUGGCCCGAAGGGCCCCCCGGGCCCCCCGGGCAAGGAUGGGCUCCCAGGACACCCUGGACAGAGGGGCGAGACGGGUUUCCAAGGCAAGACCGGCCCUCCAGGCCCCCCAGGAGUGGUCGGCCCUCAGGGUCCCACGGGAGAGACUGGUCCGAUGGGUGAGCGCGGCCACCCCGGGCCGCCGGGCCCCCCCGGUGAACAGGGGCUCCCGGGCCUCGCCGGAAAAGAGGGGACGAAGGGUGAUCCAGGCCCCGCCGGCCUUCCCGGGAAAGACGGACCCCCAGGGUUACGUGGCUUCCCUGGGGACCGAGGGCUUCCUGGCCCAGUGGGGGCGCUGGGACUGAAAGGCAGCGAGGGCCCCCCUGGCCCGCCAGGCCCUGCGGGAUCUCCGGGGGAGAGAGGUCCAGCGGGUGCUGCUGGGCCCAUCGGAAUUCCAGGGAGACCUGGGCCCCAGGGGCCUCCAGGGCCAGCUGGGGAGAAAGGAGCUCCUGGUGAGAAAGGUCCACAAGGCCCGGCCGGCCGAGACGGUCUGCAGGGUCCCGUGGGGCUCCCCGGCCCGGCCGGCCCCGUGGGCCCCCCUGGAGAAGACGGAGACAAGGGAGAGAUCGGGGAGCCGGGACAGAAGGGGAGCAAGGGGGACAAAGGCGAACAGGGUCCCCCUGGGCCUACGGGACCUCAAGGCCCCAUCGGACAGCCAGGCCCCUCCGGAGCUGACGGCGAGCCAGGUCCUCGUGGCCAGCAGGGCCUUUUUGGGCAGAAAGGUGACGAAGGUCCGAGAGGUUUUCCUGGGCCCCCCGGACCCGUGGGGCUGCAGGGCCUGCCGGGACCCCCAGGAGAGAAAGGCGAGACGGGAGAUGUGGGCCAGAUGGGCCCGCCAGGUCCCCCCGGCCCCCGGGGACCCUCCGGAUCUCCAGGUGCUGACGGGCCACAAGGCCCCCCCGGUGGGAUAGGCAACCCCGGAGCCGUGGGAGAGAAGGGUGAACCUGGCGAGGCUGGAGAACCUGGCCUUCCUGGAGAAGGGGGCCCCCCGGGACCCAAGGGUGAAAGAGGAGAGAAGGGCGAGUCGGGCCCUUCUGGUGCUGCUGGGCCCCCCGGACCCAAGGGCCCUCCCGGAGACGACGGUCCCAAAGGCAGCCCCGGCCCGGUUGGUUUUCCUGGAGAUCCCGGUCCCCCCGGAGAGCCUGGCCCUGCGGGUCAAGACGGUCCCCCGGGUGACAAAGGAGACGACGGGGAACCCGGGCAAACGGGAUCCCCGGGCCCCACUGGUGAGCCAGGCCCGUCUGGGCCGCCAGGAAAAAGGGGCCCCCCCGGCCCCGCGGGCCCCGAAGGCAGGCAGGGAGAGAAAGGAGCCAAGGGAGAAGCUGGCUUGGAAGGUCCUCCUGGGAAGACUGGCCCCAUUGGUCCCCAGGGGGCCCCCGGGAAGCCCGGGCCUGAUGGUCUGCGUGGGAUCCCCGGGCCUGUGGGUGAACAAGGCCUCCCCGGAGCCCCAGGCCCCGACGGCCCCCCCGGCCCCAUGGGACCCCCAGGACUCCCCGGCCUCAAAGGAGAUUCUGGACCCAAAGGCGAGAAGGGUCAUCCAGGCCUGAUCGGACUGAUUGGACCUCCGGGCGAGCAGGGAGAAAAGGGUGACCGCGGGCUCCCCGGCCCUCAGGGCUCCUCUGGCCCGAAGGGAGAACAGGGCAUCACUGGUCCCUCCGGCCCCAUCGGCCCCCCGGGCCCCCCUGGCUUGCCGGGCCCUCCUGGUCCAAAAGGUGCUAAGGGCUCCUCGGGUCCAACUGGCCCAAAGGGUGAGGCAGGCCACCCAGGACCCCCCGGCCCGCCGGGCCCCCCAGGCGAGGUCAUCCAGCCCCUGCCGAUCCAGGCGUCCAGGACCCGGCGGCACAUCGACGCCAGCCAGCUGAUGGACGACGGGGAGGGCGCGGAGAGCUACAUGGACUACGCGGACGGCAUGGAGGAGGUGUUCGGCUCGCUCAACUCCCUGAAGCUGGAGAUCGAGCAGAUGAAGCGGCCCCUGGGCACGCAGCAGAACCCCGCGCGCACCUGCAAGGACCUGCAGCUCUGUCACCCCGACUUCCCAGACGGGGAGUACUGGGUGGACCCCAACCAAGGCUGCUCCCGGGAUUCUUUCAAAGUCUACUGCAACUUCACAGGCGGGGGCGCCACGUGUAUCUUCCCCGACAAGAAGUCCGAGGGGAGUAAGAUGGCCCGCUGGCCCAAAGAGCAGCCCUCCACCUGGUACAGUCAGUACAAGCGGGGGUCCCUGCUCUCCUAUGUGGACGCCGAGGGCAACCCCGUGGGCGUGGUCCAGAUGACUUUCCUGCGGCUGCUAAGUGCCUCUGCUCACCAGAACAUCACCUACCACUGCUACCAGUCGGUGGCCUGGCAGGACGCCGCCACGGGCAGCUACGACAAGGCCAUGCGCCUCCUGGGCUCCAACGACGAGGAGAUGUCCUACGACAACAGCCCCUACAUCCGCGCCCUGGUGGACGGCUGCGCUACAAAGAAAGGCUAUCAGAAGACCGUCCUGGAGAUCGACACCCCCAGGGUGGGGCAAGUGCCCGUCGUGGACGUCAUGUUCAAUGACUUCGGUGACGCGUCCCAGAAAUUUGGAUUCGAAGUGGGGCCGGCUUGCUUCCUGGGCUAGGAGCGGGAGCCCGCCCCCAGAGCAACCUCGUGACCUCAGCGCGCCGCCUGUGGGUGUCCUGGAUGGUGAAGGACCCUCGUCCCCCCGCCCUCGUCUGCGCCCCGGCCCCGCGCCGGGCCCGCCCCUCACCCAGAGAGAGCAAAGGGAGAGAGCCGCGUCCCCACCCCGGAGCCGAAUCACAUGACCUAGACGUCCCACAGCCGCCGCUUCCUCCGGCCCUUCCCUCUGCGCCGCACUGCCCAGGGAAGGGGACGGCCGUGCGUCCUGCCCCGGCCCGGGGUCUCUUCCCGGAGAGCCCACGGGGUGCGGGAGGGGCUGCAGUGUUUGGAGAUCACGGCGUUUGGUUUUUUUUUUUUUAAUUCAACUUGAAGAUGUGCGUUUCCCCUGACCUUCAAAAGUCGUCCGAGGCCGGCCUUGCAAAGGUCACCCCGCCCUCCAGAGCCUCCGUCUUAACAAGAUCCAUUCAUGGGCCAAAUGUCAUUCCACACGUGCCUUUCCGAUGGAUUAAAGGUGCUUUUGUUUUUGUGAGUUUUAAGUAAAUAUUUGUGUUGUAUUGUCGUAACGUUCAGUGUCCCUGACUUUCAAUCACGCACGGGAACCCAGCUGCAGUCCCACUGGGAGAAUUGGACAAGCAGGUGGGGCGUCCAUUCUGGGAUGCAGUGCACACCCCGCCUGCUCCGGGGUGGGGGAUAAACGGGAAGUUUGCCAGGGCAGCAGGGACUCACCCCACCCCUGAAAAGGCAGGCGCCAGUGCCCUUUCAGACACAUUUUUGAUUAGCUCUGGAUUUUUGUUUUAAAGGGGAGAAAAAGAAAAAAAGGAUCCUAAACAUUGCCUUUCCCACGUACGCUUAGAGGAAAACACAGACUUAAAUUCAUUGCAACUGCUUCCUUUUUCCACUUCCCUUCCUGCAGAGCCAGGGCAGGGAGACCCCCUUUCCUGCAGACGAUGAUUUAACGACAAUUGGUGCUGAUUUUUACGCUCCUCUUUUGUGGUGCUAUCUGUUGAGAUCUCCUUGAAGGCGGCACUGGGGGCACCCGGCCGAGCCGUGCCCCGUUCUCCCAUCUUCCCCGCUCCUGGCUCUCGCCCCCACCACCCGGGGUUUUGCCAAGGCUGCUGAGAAGGACUCAGGUCCGCUCGCUCUCCUCCCCGAUAGCGGGGACGCCGCCCUGGGCCCGGGCCCGGGAUCAGGCUGCGCUUCCGUGAUUUGACAACACACACGCACGCGCCCCACAGACGCUCUCCGUGUGGUCCGCGUGUGACGAACGUUUGUGGUGCUAAUAUCUGUGUGUGUUCCGAGAACUGAAUUGAAGCUGCAUGGGGCGUCUCAGCUGGGCUGCCGUCGGCGUCUCAGCAGACAGACAAAUGUGCAAUGAACUCUGAGUCCCUCCGGGGCUGCCAGCGGUGCCUCGUCCCCACCAAAGCAAUUUGGAGUUUUCCAUCUGCAAAUGUCCCCAGGCGCAGGUCUCAGCUGCGAGGGAGCUCGGGGCUGGCCGGCCCGUCCUGCCCCCUCCUCCCGGAGCAAGGACCAGGACCUGCAGGCCGGCGAGGAAAGGCGAUCCCUUUACUGUGAAAAGCUGCCCUCGUGCAAUGCCCUUUCCUUCCAUGACGGGAGAAGCCAGACAGGCCCUCGGGAGGAGCCAUGACGGGUCCCGGUUCCGGUGCUGCCCUCGCCCGCCCCGCCCCGUCGGAACACGGCUCCAGCCUGGGAAGCCCCAGCAAAGCACCCCGGGAGCAAGGGAGCACCGCCCGUGAGGCCUUCCCGAGGGCCGGAGACCCAGGCUCGCUCUCGCCGAAGAGGAGUCUGGCUUCGAGGUUCUCCCAGACCCUGGACGCCAGCGUCUGCUGACGGCCUUCUCCCUCAUCCCUUCAAAAGAAAAGCCAUAUCAGAGCGGUGCCAGUCCGCGGCCUGCGGGCUCUGUCUAGGUCAUGUGAUUCCGUUUUGGUUUCUCGUCCCGCCCGAGUUCUCCUUUUAUUCUGUCAAUCUUUUCCUUCCGUUGGUCCCUUUGAAGCCGUUGUAAUUUGUACUGAAGUCAAAAUGUGUCCCAUUCGCCCCAGAACACUUGGCUAUGGUGUAUUGCAAUAAAAUUACUUCUUAUAUUUGCAGAAAUCCUUUUGGCGUAAUUUUAUUUUUUUUCCCCUCUUAAUCUAUAUAAUCGGACACGUGGACAAAAAGUAAAAGCAAACAGUAAAAAGAAAACCCACGGUGAAGAUUAAAGACACUAGGCCCUUUAGAACAGAAUGUCAGAUGACACGCCGUGCGUCCCCUGAAACUCCAGCAGACAUGUUCAUACAUUUUAACUGUAAUGCCCAGGAAGGGUGUUUUUACGAGAUCUUAAAGCUUUGUAACAGAGGAAUAAUUGUCGCUGUUUUUCAAUAAAUCAAGUUUACUGUUUCCACCGUCAA